UCUUUUAUAAAACCUCUCAUGGCUGACUCUAUAUUUUUUCCGGCCAGUUUUAAAAUUCCGACAAAAACACUUUUCAAGCUUUAUUGGAGUUUUUCCAUUCCCAUUUUAUAAAAAAAAAAAAAUUUAGUUCAAGAUUUUGAUUUGGGUAUUCCUAAAUUCAAUAGCUUUCUUGUUUUUUAGACUUCAUAAAUGGAGAAAACUGAAGAAAACAGAGAAAAAGGGUGUUUUUAUAUUCCCAAUUUAUAAAAAGAAUCAUUUUUCAAUUUUAGUUCAAAAUUCUCAUUUGGGUAUUCCUAAAUUCAAUAGCUUUCUUGUUUUGAAGAUUUUCUUGAUCUUUUUUCCUACAUGGAGGAAGCUGAAGAAAACAGGGAAAAGGGGUGUUUUUCAAGAGAUAUGUUGGAUAAAUUCAUUAAUGGAAAAAGGAAUCAUGAAAAUGUGGAAGGUGAAGGUGAUAUAGAGUUAAGUUUAGGACUUUCAUUGAACGGUAGAUUUGGGGUUGACCCAAAAAGAGCAAAGAAACUGAACCGUUCUUCAUCAAUAACGAAUUUUGUGCUUUCUGGUGAUGAUAGUAAUGGAAAUGGAUUUCAGUUUCCAUUAAUUAGGACGUGUUCUUUGCCUGUGGAAACAGAGGAAGAGUGGAGGAAAAGGAAAGAAUUGCAAUCUUUAAGGCGUUUGGAAGCAAAAAAGAAGAGAUUGGAGAAAAUGAAGAAUGUUAGAGUUGUUACUAUUAAGGAAAAUGAAGAAAAUGGAAAUUGUUGUUAUAGUAAUAAUGGUGAAGUUUGUGGGAAUUCUUUGCCUUCUUCAGGAGGAUCACAAGGUAGUGGUUCUUCAGGGAUGACUGAUUUGGAAAGCCAACAACAACCUGUUCAAGGGUCAAGUGAUAGCACUGAGGCAAGACCUCCCGUCAGCGGCCAAUCUCCGUUGCACGAGCACGAGCAGGAGCAGAAACCUGUUGUAGCAAUAGCACCCGAAAUGACAAAUAAAAAACCACCAGUCUCGUCAGGGACAGUCGGUAAAAAAGCUAAAGAAACGCUCAGAAACUUCAUGCUCAACAUGCCUUGUGUUUCUACAAGAGGCGAGGGACCAAACGGAAAGAAGAUUGAGGGAUUCUUAUACGGAUAUAGGAAGGGAGAAGAAGUGAAGAUACUCUGUGUUUGUCAUGGUACUUUUCUAUCUCCAGCUGAGUUUGUCAAACAUGCUGGUGGAGGUGAUGUAGAACACCCUUUAAGGCAUAUUGUUAUUAAUCCUUCACCUUUGUUGUGACGAUAGCUUUUUGCCCAAAAAAAUGGAUUUAGCUUUAAUAUCAUUGUUAUUUAAUCUUCCUUUUGUCGUGCGGACUAAGUUCCUCUAAUCAAAGUUAUUAUGGUUGUUUUUCAUUC